GGAAAACUGGACAACAUGCAGCCUCUCAGACUUGCCGUGUUUCUGGCUUUCAUUGCUGGACUCAGAGCUUAUGAACUGUCAAAGGACCUGGCCGAGUUUUACUGUGUCGUCAACGGCAAUUACAGUAACUGGGAGCAGGUGGAGAAAAAUGGUGGCAACCGUCCCCUUUCGGAAAUGAGAUUCCAGUCUAUUGUAGCGCCUGCCCUGUCGCCG